AUGGCCACAAGGCCAAGGCCGGAUGGCGCGUCGUGCCCUUGCACUAGGUAUGUAAGAAUCAAACUUAAAGCGGCGCGCCCGGUCACCCCAUCGGUUGUCGAAGCGCGCGUUCUGCAUAGGUCCUCAAAGUCCGCCGUCUCCAGGUCCGCAGAACUCGAUCCUAAUCAUUUCUCAUAUCUGAAUGCCAACAAAUACGGCACGGAGCGGCUCGUGACCUCACCCGAUUUGGGGGGAUUUACGGACUUGGAGCAGCUCGUUUGCCCUCCACGCUGCAGCAGUAGCAGUGGGGCUGGCGGCAGUGUCAGCAGCAGCGGCGGCCUGGUGCCGCAGCCGCCCCUCUUUGGUGCUCCUGCCAUCGGCAGCACGAGCCCCCGACUGCGCUCCUUUUCAUCAUCUCGCGCCCUUCCCUCAGUCCGUGCCUCCUCGCUAUCCGUCAGCCAGCUGCCCGAUGUCGGCGGCGAGGCGGACACUACGGGUGAGCUCCGUCUGGCGCAGUCGCCGCGGUUGGGCGCUGUCAAGGGGGGCGCGACGGGGGCAGCUGCCGCAGUGGUGGACGCCGCCGCUGCAACACCACGCCGCCCCGCCAGCAGCAGCAGCAGUGGUGCAGCCAUUCAGCCCUCCGGCGGCACAAGACCGUCCCCGGUAGGCCCGCCAGCUCCAGGGACGCCGCAUGGCGGCGGUACAGCCGCUGUACGGCAGUCAUCGCUUAUUGGUGGGAACGAUAUGGUCCCCAGAAUGGCAAUAGCUGAAACAGCGGCAGCCGGUGCGCCUUCUGUCUCUUCAAUUAAUGUUGAACCAGUUCCGGUCGGUACGGAUACAUGGAUUGCACUGAGAGCUCAGGAUUGCAUGGCGGCGUACGGCAGCAACCUGAGCAGUAACGAUGACGAGGAUGACGACGUCAACGACGGUCACGUCAUCAAUGACGGCAGCGACAGCGGGGGCGAGCCAUUGCAUGGCUACCGCCGUGUAGAUCCCGGCCCUGGGCGGCUUAUAUUCGUUCGACACCCAUCACUGGUCACUACGCGAUGCGAUCUGAGCCGUUUAUACAGCGGCGAUACGGCAGCGGUAACGGCCUUGACGCCCCAGGUCUCGGCCGUGCAGGCGACAGUUGCCCUGGCUUCUCCGGGCCCGCAGCACAGCCUACUCAAAGACAGCAGGUCCGCGACGGCGGCCUCCGCUACUGAAGCUGUAACAGUGAACGAUGCCACCACCACUUCCAGCCCGUUCGUAACCACCACGGCUGUAGCGCCAUCGCCGCGCACUGACACCGCCGCUGCAUCUACUGCCGACCCAAGCGGUUCUACUGCCGCCACCAUCACCGUCACUGCCGCCGGGCCCAUUCGGAAUGCGGCACCGCCUGGCUGUAGCAGUGAACCGGGGUUACCCGCCCCCAGCCCCGCCGCCCCCAGCCCCGCCGCCCCCAGCCCCGCCGCCAUCGCAGCAGCAGGCAGCGGCGACGCCAGUGUUCGAGAUUCCAUAUUCACCACCAUGGGUGCGAAUGCCGUCGAGUCGGCGCCUCCUUCCAUGUCACAGCUACAGCAGGUACAGGUGCAGCUGCCGUACAGGGCGGCAGGUGCCCAAUCUGGCUCCAGACCUCCGCUGCAGCGUCAGGAGGCCGCACGGGGUGCCGUACCUAGCGCGGCAACCGUCAGAGCUUUGGGCCCAUCCGCUGCUGAAGGACUUGGCCAAGUUGGUUCAGUUGGUUCAGGAUCAGCACGAUCAUCCUUGGAGGCCGAGCUGCCGCAGAAGCUGCUGCUUCCGCCGCUGGCGGAGUCUGUCGACGGCGGGGUUGCUGACACCGGUACGGCAGGCCAGCGGGUAUCGGAGAGCAGCGGCCUGGUGGUGGCGUCCUGCAGCAUCUUGGAUGCGGCAGCUCUGAGUGUCGAUCCCGUCCGCAAGCGGCGGCUAUCGGCGGACGGCCUUAACCGUCAUGCCAGCAAGUACGGCACCACAACUACUGCCGCCGCGGACCAGGAAGGUCGGGGAGGAAUUGGUGGCGCCGGCAGUGCCGCGGACGCGACGCCGCCGGGGGUUGUACGACCAGAUGUACUGCCGGCGGCAGAGCGGCCAGUGGCCGUCACCUCCUCCAGCCCGAGUACGAGCAGCAACACAAGCUCAUCCCCAUCUGCCGGAUCGAGCCGCGUCCCGCUGAUCACGGCCCUCACAUUUGAGAGAGCUCCCUGGAGUCAACCCGGCGGCGGCAGCGGCGGCGGUCAGGCCAGCGGCGGCCCGUUCGCGCCAGCGACACCGGGUGUCGCCAGUUCUCAUGCCUCUGUGAAGCUGCGCCAACCUCCGGUGUCCCCGAGGGUGGCGGCGCCGGCGGCUUCUGUGCGGAUGCCUGGCCGGCCGCUGAGCUUAGCGCCACCGCAGCGACCGCAGCUUAUCCUCGGAGUACCACCAGCUACGAACUCAAUCACAGAACACACGACGGGGGACUCGACGGGCUCUGCAGUGCCUACCGUAACAUCGGUCGAUAGGUUGCGCGGGUUUAAGUCCUCCCGGGUGCUAACUAAAACCACCACGUGGGCUUCGCCUUCAGCAGCCCCUAUCAACCUGCAGGGUGGCGCCGGCGCCGGCGCGCCGGACGUCAUGUCCACCUCCACCUCCACCAUCAUAACGACUGCAGGUCGGGGAGCAUUGGUGAUGGGCGCUGGCUCUCCAUCGUCACCGCGGCCGAAGCUGGGCUCGUUCAUGUCGAUGAGGAGUCCCCGCUCGCCUGCAUCCUUUCUGGAGCGCCUCAGCAGCAACACUCUCGCAACCACAACUCGCGUCAAUAGCAGACGCACCAUUGGUGGCGGCGGCACCUCUGCCGCCACCUCGGCCGCCGCAGUGGACUGGGUGCCGGAGAGCAGCAGCCACCGCCACAGCUUCCGCCGCCGAGAUGGGUCGUGUAGCCUCGACGGCUCAGGUUGCGACAUUUGGGUUGCGGAUACAAGAGCCUCGGCGCUGAUGAAGCGAGGCGCGGAGGGUGAUCAUCUAGUGCCGGGCGCCGGCGGUGCAGCAGCAGGGCCUGCAGCUCCAGCAGCGGUGGCGGCGGUGGCGGCAGGUUACCCUGACUGGUCCGCGUCGCUGGGAGGUGGCACAUCCGCGGCUGUAGCUGCAUUGCACGGCAAGCGCAGCUCCAAGCAGCUACUGCCCCGGGGGUUGAACGGAGUGCCGCUGGCUUGGCUGGCUAUAGAGGAGGAUGGGCGGGAGGGCAGUGACGGCAGCGGACGUGAGGAGCCAAGGGUGCCUGGCGGAGGUGACAACACUGACAGGGCUGCCGGCGGCAAUGCCAAGGCCGACGUUCAUAACGCUGGUAAUAGCAAGGCAGCCUUGGCAAAUGCGCGCGUGUUGGAUUCUUGUUAG